CCAUCAUUUUCCUUCCCUCUUUUCUCUGUCUCACAACAUACUCCUUGUUCUCUCUUCUCUCCUCUCUCUCUCUGCUCCCGACUCCCCACUCCCCACUCUCUCCUUCUUCCUUCUUUCUAAUCAUGGCUGAGGAAACCCAGAAGCCUGCUGCUGCCGAACCGCCGCCUUCUUCUCAGCCUGUCCCGGAAGAGCCUGCUGUUGUUCCGCCUCCUGCCCCUGAGAAGGAACUACCUGACCCUGCUCCUGCUCCUGCCAACCCUGAUUCGGUGGAGGAAGUUGCAGAGGCCGAGAAGCCCAAGGCGGCCGACGACUUUGAGAAGAUCUCUCAGUCGGUUUCUUUCAAGGAGGAGACCAACGUUGUUUCUGAGCUUCCGGAGUCGCAGAGGAAGGCGCUGGCCGAUCUUAAGCUUCUGAUUCAGGAAGCUCUCAAUAACCACGACUUCACUGCCCCUCUACCCCCUCCCCCGGCCAAGGAAGAAGAGAAGCCGACCGAGGAAAAGAAGGAAGACUCUGACAAACCUGCCGAAGACCCUAAAAUCGAACAGGAAUCCGAAGCUGUACCCCAGGAACAACCUCUCAAGGAAGCUGUGGUCGAAGAGCCUCCCAAAUCCCAACCAGAACCAGAACCAGAGACUGUGACCGUCACGGUCACGGUGGAAGAUACAAUCACUCCUAAUCCCGCGCCCGAGACUUCCUUGGCUCCAAAACCCGAAGAGAAGGCGGAAGAGACGUCGAAGGUGGUGGAAAAAGUGGCAGUUAUCGACGAAGAUGGUGCCAAGACGGUGGAAGCGAUCGAGGAAACUGUAGUUGCGGUCUCCGCCCCGGAGCCGAAGGAACCAGCCCUUCCCACGGAAGAGGCGGAGGCAGAGGCCGAAGCAGAAGCGGCAGAGCCUGUGCCGCCACCUCCACCAGAGGAGGUGUUCAUCUGGGGAAUUCCUCUCCUCGGCGACGAAAGGAGCGAUGUGAUCCUGUUGAAAUUCCUCCGAGCCAGAGACUUCAAGGUGAAAGAUGCUUUCACUAUGAUCAAGAACACCGUUCGUUGGCGAAAACAAUUCGGCAUCGAGGCUCUUCUGGACGAGGACUUGGGCAACCAGUGGGACAAAGUGGUGUUCUCCCAUGGCGUCGACAGGGAAGGCCACCCUGUCUGCUACAACGUGUUCGGUGAGUUCGAGAACAAGGACUUGUAUCAAGCCACCUUCUCUGACGACGAAAAGAGCCUCAAAUUCUUGCGAUGGAGGAUUCAGUUUUUGGAGAAGAGCAUCAUAAAACUCGACUUCAGCCCCAGUGGCAUCUCCACCAUUGUUCAAGUCAACGACCUCAAAAACUCGCCUGGACUCACAAAGUGGGAGCUCAGAAACGCCACCAGGCGAGCUCUGCAACUAUUACAAGACAAUUAUCCUGAAUUCGCUGCCAAACAGGUGUUCAUCAACGUGCCAUGGUGGUAUUUAGCCGUGAACAGGAUGAUCAGCCCCUUUUUCACUCAGAGAACGAAGAGCAAGUUUGUGUUCGCCGGACCAUCGAAGACUGCUGAGACCCUAUUCAAGUACGUUGCUCCUGAACAAGUACCAGUUCAAUAUGGUGGAUUAAGCAGGGAAGGCGAGCAAGAAUUUUCCGUUGAAGACCCUGUUACUGAAGUUGCCAUAAAGGCUGCAGCGAAACACACUGUUGAAUUCCCAAUUUCUGAGCCAAGCCUUCUGGUUUGGGAAUUGAGAGUUGUAGGAUGGGAUGUCAGCUAUGGGGCAGAGUUCUCGCCCAGUGCUGAAGGUGGCUAUACUGUGAUUGUACAGAAGACAACGAAGCUUGGGCCAGCUGAUGAACCUGUGAUCUCCAACAGCUACAGGGUUGGUGAAGCUGGUAAAAUUGUGCUCACCAUCGACAAUUUGAGCUCCAAGAAGAAGAAGAUCUUGUUGUACAGAUCAAAGACCAAACCCGUUUCUGAUUGAUGGAGUUGCAAAAGCUUGAUCAAAUCAUCUAUUUCAAUUUGAUGAUGAAUACAAAACUGCAGACACAAUAAGCAGGGUUCUCUAUUUAUGAAUGAUACAAUGUUUUUUUUUUUUCUUUUCUUGUUCCAUUUGUUGAAAAAUUUAAAUCUUAUUUCUCCAAUUUGGAUAGUCUUACAAACAGGAUUGGUGGGUGGGAGUUGGAUUUCUUUUGUAUGCCUUCUUUCUUUCUAUGUUUGCUUGGUUGUGAUCAUUUGAGGUCGCUGCCUGCUAAAUUGGCAGGGAGAACUGUCUGAAAUUGUCUGGACUCCCAGGAACAAGAGGAAGAGGAGAGGGCUUUGUGUUGGUUCUCUUGAUAGUAUUCUGUAAAAUUUGUGUAAAUUUGUUGUAUUAUUUAUUUGUUACUCUAUUUCCUUCAAUUUGUGUAUUGGUUUAUUUUUCUAUCUUAAAUCAAAAUAUUUGUCGCCCUUAGUUUC